AUGCGUAUUGACAGAGUUAAGCCCACCAUUAUGGGUGACUCCUUGCCACCGGAAGGCGGAACAUACGGCAUCAAGGGCCUUCCUCGACCACCGAAUGCCGUGAGAUACCCUGGGAAGAUUCCCUACGUGAAGGGCCUUCCAGUCCGUAAGGAGAUAUCGUCUCUUGCCAACUCAGACGACCCAAAAGAGAGGAAACAGUGGACGCUAUUUGUGUUAGCUUUGGAACGGUUCAAGUCCAUGCCUGUUGAUGAUAAACUAUCUUACUUCCAAAUUGCCGGCAUCCAUGGAUAUCCGGAGGUUGCCUGGGAUGGGGCACCUGAGCCAAAACACGCGCCGGACAAGACCAAAAAGGCUGGCGAUCAACAUUUCGGCGGGUACUGUAAUCACAACAGCCUAAACUUUCCUGCAUGGCACAGACCUUAUAUGCUCCUCUUCGAGCAACGUGUCUGGGAGAAUAUGAAGCUAAUCAUCAACGACUGGACGAGCGAGCAUGGGCUGCCAAUCUCCGAGACAGACGAGUGGUACACGGCAGCGAAGCAUUGGCGGAUGCCAUACUGGGACUGGGCUAGGCGACAAAGGUACCAUGAAGAAUUGGUUUGCCCUCCAGUUCUUACUCAAGGAGCCGUCCGGAUUUAUCCACCCGCUACGAUAAAAAACCAAUUUCCUCGAAGCGGUCUCUAUCCUAACCCGCUGUUGGGAUUCGAAAAUCCAGAAAAUGAUCCAAAGACAGGGAAGCCGUUGCCGUUUGGUAGCAUGCUAGGAAACAAGGCUAAAUGGAAUAUCCAAGACAACCCAAUAGUUCACGAUGAGCUUCCACUGAAGAAGGACUGUGACUGGGCUCCAUGGAGCAAGACAUCUGCAACCAGUCGAUAUGGAAUAUUCAAGGGAGAAGAAGAAGAGAAGGAUCCCGCGAAAUAUUUCACGGGCCUUGAAGGGGUGAAUAACUGCGGGAAAGCUAACGCCAGCCUUGCAAGAGUUCACGAGAAUGGCCUCGAUGACAAGCCCAGGUGGAGUACAAUGGACCAGCAUUCGAAAGACUAUACAUGGAAUCCCGGGAGUCUUUCAGAUGCAGUCAAUCGUAUGUUUUCCAAGGGCUAUAACCCGAACUGGGGACAGUUUGCUUCGACGAAGUGGAUAGCGGAAGAAAAAGGCUGUCCAAAGACAGGAUAUAUAUCUUUGGAGUAUAUCCACAACAAUAUUCACAACCUGACAGGAGGGAGUGACUAUGCUACUGGCAUGGGACACAUGAGCGACGUGCCAGUUGCAGCGUUUGAUCCUAUCUUUUGGCUUCACCACGUGCAGAUAGACCGCUUGUUGGCUGUAUGGCAAUGCCUCAACCCAAAGUUAUGGUUUGAUAACGGACAAUCUGGCGAUUCUGAUACGGCUGGCAUGACAGCUUCUAGUGUCACCGACGACAAAGAGACAGAUCCUCUUGAACCGUUUCACAAAAAGGACAACGAUCCUGAAAAGGAAGUCUGGACUGCACAGGCGUGCAGGGAUUGGACAGAGUUGAACUAUCAGUAUGAUGACCUAGCCGAGGUAGCUGAAAGAACGAUACGAAAGUAUGGCAGAUUUAUAUCGGGGGAGUUCCAACGAGAGCUUCGAUCACAUAUCGACACGAUCUACCCAGGCACAGGGCAUCUCAUUGAAUCGAUGGAAACGUCCAGUAACACUCCCGAUGGCCUACGACCUAGUCAGCACCAGAACGGAUUAUGGAAAGAUUACAUCAUCAACGUGGUGUAUGACCGAUACGCCCUAGACGGCCUGUCCUACACAAUCCAGUUUUUUAUAGGUGGACCACCGGGCGAAGACACGACUAAUUUCGAAAAGCACAAUUACGUCGGCCAUGUGUACUCCUUUGGCGGAAGACAGAGUACAUCUGAAGGCUCUUGUAGGAACUGCAAGAGACAAGCUGAAGCACAGGUUCUCUCAUGCGCUCAGGUAACUUUGACGAUUCAUCUGCUUCACAGAAUCAGAGACUACGUUCCAGAUCACUCAUUUGAAGGGGUUGAAGAGUAUCUGAGACGUUAUCUUCGGUGGAGAGUCGUCAAAUAUGGCGGUGAAGUAGUGUCUGAGGAAGGAUUCAAGAGGAAGUUCUCAAAGCUCCAAAUAUCGGUCUUGCGUGGUACUGGUCGAAUCAAGCCGGGCAAUGCACAAAGUGCAGAUUCAGUCUCUUCUUUGUACAGCGACUAUGUGUCAUUGCUAGAGGUCACAUAUGGGAAGCCCGGUGGCUUGCGGCUCGACAAAGCCCCCGAGAACAGCGGGCCAUUCAUUUCGCAGAAUAAGAGCGCUGUACAACCACUCCCGACGAGGCUCCCCCAGAAAGCGAAGUAUGAUAUCUAUCCAUUAGUAUAUUUGCCGGUCCAUUAA